AUGGAGUCAAGUCAAAAGAAAUCAACUCCACCUCCAGUUCUACAGACAUCUCAAGAGCUGCCUUCAAUUCCAGUUAAUCAGACUGGUAAACAAAAAGAAGUCAAGAUAAAUAAAGAACCAAUUUCCAAGCCAGCCCUUCAAGCAGUUCUUCAGCAGGUUACACAGUCUACCAAACAAGAAGCUCCAAAGCCAAACCAGCAGGAAGCCUCAAAAGAAGAUAAAUUGGAUGCCCUGGGACAUGAAAAGCAACAAGAUCAGCAUACAACUUUUGAGACAAAACAAGAGGUGAAUAAAGAACCGAAUCAACAGCAAGCUACAGAGAAACAGGAAAAUAUAUGUACAAACCCUGGUAAACAGACAGCUUCUAAACUUAAGGAACAGGCUGCCACAGAACCUAUAGAACAGCCAUCUAAAGAACCUAAUGAAGACUCAGUCACAAAGCCUAAUGAACAGCCAGCAAAAGAGCAAAAUGAACAUCCUGUUACAGGACAACAUGAUCAGCCAGAUACAGAACCUAAAGAGCAGCCUGCUACAGAACCAAAUGGACACCCUACAACAGAACUGAAUGAACAACCAGAUACAGAGCCUAUUGAACAGCCAGUAACAGAAACUAAAGAACAGCCUGCUAUAGAGCCUAUUGAUCAGUCAGUUACAGGACCCAAUGGACAGCUAGCUACAAAACAUGAUGAACCUGCUACAGAACCUAAUGAACAGUCAGCUGAAGAAACUAAUGAACAAUCAGCUGCAGAACCUAAUGAACAGCCAGUUACAGGACCUAAUGAACAGCCAGCUGCAGAACCUGAUGAAAAGCCAGCUACAGAACCUAAUGAACAGCCAGCUACAGAACCUAAUGAACAGCCAGAUGUAGAACCUAAUGAAAAGCCAACUACAGAACCUAAUGAACAGCUUGCUACAAAACCUAACGGACAGCCAGCUACAGAACCUGAUGAACCGCCAGCUACAGAACCUAAUGAACAGUCAGAUGUAGAACCUAAUGAACAGCCAGCUGUAGAAUCUAAUGGGCAGCCAACCACAGAACCUAAUGAACAGACUGCUACAGAACCUAAAGAACAUCCAGCUACAAAACCUAAUGAACAGCCAGAUGCAGAACUUAAUGAACAGCCAGCUGCAGAACCUAAUGAACAGCAUGCUAAAGAACCUAAUGAACAGCCAGAUAUAGAACCCAAUGGACAGCCUGCUGUAGAACCUAAUGAACAGCCAGCUACAGAUCCUAAUGUACAGCCAGCUACAGAUCCUAAUGGUCAGCCAGAGUCAGGACCCAAUGAUCAGCCAGCUACAGACCCUAAUGAAAAACCAGCUACAGAACCUAAUGAACAGCCAGCUACAGAUCCUAAUGUACAGCCAGCUACAGAUCCUAAUGGUCAGUCAGAGUCAGGACCCAAUGAACAGCCAGCUACAGAACCUAAUGAAAAACCAGCUACAGAACCUAAUGAACAGCCAGCUACAGAUCCUAAUGUACAGCCAGCUACAGAUCCUAAUGGUCAGCCAGAGUCAGGACCCAAUGAACAGCCAGCUACAGAACCUAAUGAACAGCCAGCUACAGAACCUAAUGAGCAGCCAGCUAAUGAAAAGCCAGCCACAGAACCGAAUGAACAGCCUGCUACUGAACCUAAUGGACAGCAAAAUACUGGACCUAAUGAACAGCCUGCUACAGAACCUAAUGAAGAGCCAGCUAUAGAACAUAAUGAACAGUCAGCUACAAAACCUAAUGAGCAUCUAGCUACAGAACAUAAGGAUGAGUCUGCUACAGAAUCUAAUGAACAGCCAGCUGCAAAAGCAACUGCAGAGCCGAAUGGAAAGCCAACUGCAGAACCUAAUGAACAGCCUGCUACAGAACCUAAUGAACAUCCAUCUACAGAACCUAAUGAACAGCCAUCUACAGGAUCUAAGGGACAGUCAGUCGAAGAAUCUAAGGAACAGCCAGUCAAAGAAUCUAAUGAACAGCAAGCUAUAGACUGUAAUAAUCAGCCAGCUACACAACCUGAUGAAAAGCCUGCUUCAGAGGUUACUGAACAGCUUGCUACAGAAACUGAUGUGCAGACGACACCUACAGAACCUAAUAAUCAUCCUGUUACUGAGCCUAAUGAGCAGCCAGUAACAGAACCUGAUGAACAGCCAGUAACAGAGCCUAAUGGCCAGCCUGCUACAGAACCUAACGACCAGCCAGCUACAAAACCGAAUGAACAGCCAGCUACCAAGCCUAAUGAUCAGCCAUUUACAAAACCUAAUGACCACCAAGUUUCAGGACCUAAUGAACAGCUUGCUACAAAACAUAAUGAAAAACCUGCUACAGAGCCAAAAGAACAGCCAGCUACAAAACUUAAUGAACAACCUGCUAUAGAACAUAAUGAACAUUCAGCUACAAAACUUAGCGAACAACCUGCUACACAACCUAAUGAAAAACCUAAUGAACAUCCUGCUUCAGAACCUAAUGAGCAGCCAGUUACAAAACCUAAUGAACACCCUGCUCCAGAAACUAAUGAACACCCUGCUACAGAACCUAAUGAACACAAUGCUACAGAACCUAAUAAACAGCUACUUCCAAAACCUACUGAACAGUCUGCUACAAAACCUAAUGCACAGCCUGCUACAGAACCCAAUGAACAGCUAACUCCAAAACCUAAUGAACAUCCUGCUACAGAACCAAAUGAACAGCUUGCUCCAAAACCUAAUGAACAGACAGAUGCAGAACCUAAUCAACAGCUAGCUCCAAAACCUAAUGAACAGCCAGCUACAAAACCUAAUGAACACCAUGCUACAAAGCCUAAUGAACACCCUCCAACAGAACCUAAUGAACAGCCAGCUACAAAGUCUAAUGAACAGCCUGCUACUGAUCCUAAUGAACACCAUGCUACAAAGCCUAAUGAACACCCUCAUACAGAACCUAAUGAACAGCCUGCUACAAAGCCUAAUGAACAGCCUGCUACAGAACGUAAUGAACACCAUGCUACAAAGCCUAAUGAACACCCUCUUACAGAACCUAAUGAACAGCCAGCUACAAAACCUAAUGAACAGCCUGCUACAGAACCUAAUGAACAGUCAGCUACAAAACCUAAUGAGCAGCCAGCUACAAAACCUAAUGAACACCCUCCUACAGAACCUAAUGAACAGCCAGCUACAAAACCUAAUAAAUACCCUCCUACAGAACCUAAUGAACAGUCUACUACAAAGCCUAAUGAACACCCUCCUACAGAACCUAAUGAACAGCCAGCUACAAAACCUAAUGAGCAGCCAGCUACAAAACCUAAUGAGCAGCCAAAUACAAAACCUAAUGAACAGCUAGUUACAAAAUCUAAUGAACAGCUAGUUACAAAAUCUAAUGAACUCCCUCCUACAAAGCCUAAUGAACAGCCAACUACAGAACCUAAUGAACACCCUGCUACAAAACCUAAUGAACACCCUGCUACAGAACCUAAUGAGCAGCCAGCUACAGGACCCAAUGAACAGCCAACUACAAAACCUAAUGAACACCCUUCUACAGAACCUAAUGGACACCCUACAGAACCUAAUGAGCAGCGAGCUACAGGAGCCAAUGAAAAGCUAGCUACAGAGACUAAGGAACAGCCAGCUGUAGGACCCAAUAAACAGCCAGCUAUAGAGACUAAGGAACAGCCAGCUACACAGACUAAGGAGCAGACUGCAGAAUGUAAUGAACAACCUUCCAAAGAACCUAAUAAAUCACCAGCAAUAGAAAAAUCAAAUUCAAAACCAGUUCACCAGAUAGCUUUAGAGCCAAAUCACCAGUCAUCUGUAGGGUCAAAUCAAAAGCCAGCCCAAGGACCACAUCACCAGUCAUCUGCAAAGCCAGAAAACCAGACAUCUCCAAAGCCAGAUCACCAGCACACUCCAGAGUCCAAUCCCAAAUCAGUCCCAGAACCAGUUGAGCAGCCAACUUCAGAGCCAAAUCCCCAGAAAGCUCCAAAGCAAGAUCAGCAUUUAGAUUUGCAAACAGAUCAAAAGCCAGCUCCCGAGAAAAAGCUUGAUCCACAGCCAGCUACAGAGCAAGCGCAACAAUCAGCUUCACCACCUGAUCAACAGUCAGUUCAAGAGACAGCUCACCAAUCAAUUACAGAAACGGACCAUCAGCCUAGGAGAAAGGUCAGCAUUCACCUUCACAUUCAGAUAAACAUUCAGCUCCAGAGACAGAACCAAAGCUUGAGUAACCAGUGAACACGGACUCAAAUAUACAGUAUGAUGGUCGUAUUCAAGGAGGACCCUGAAAAGCCCAUGCAUAGAAUGAAAAUAAUACAAUAUAUGAAGAAAAUAAUAUUAACAUUAAAUUGUUUGUUUUCUGAUUGCAUCUUUACAAUGUGUUGUUGACAAGUAUGUAAAGAUGAACUCAAUAAAUUCACCUUACCAAUAUA